UAUGUUUGUUAUUGAGUGUAUUUAGUAGUUAUAAGAUGAUCUGUUUAUUUCAGUAAUCAAUAUAACUAAUAAGGUUUUUCGUCAAUCGAGUUCGCGUAUGGGUCACUUUAAGUAGUCUUAGAUAAAUUUAUUCAAAUUUAAACUCAUGUUUUUACUCUGAUAGAAUUUUUGUGUAAAGAUUUGUUGCCGGAAAUUUGUUUUUAUUAUUAAUUAUAACGACAAUUAUUUAUUGACUGAAGAUAUUGUACUACGAAAAAGGAUAUAUAUACGAUUGAUCAGCAAUCUAGGACUGUGAAAGAAGUUUAAUAUGAUACUGGAUAAACGUGCGCGAUAUGUAUAUGUUGGUGCUGUAGUAACGUGUUUUGUGAUCGACAAGUUAGUAAAGUUUUCUUAACGACGAAUUUUGAAAAAAUUAUUUGAUUAUAAAAUUACUAAUGUUCUUGAUUUUAACAAUUUAAAUAUCAACAGGUUGUUAAGUGACUGAAUUCAGUAGUAAAAUGUCAGAGAAUAUACAAGCUGUAAUAUCAACGUCAACUGUUGAAAAUGGUUUUGAAGAUAAAGAUAUCAAAGAUAAUAAUAAGGUUGAAUUAAAAAAAAAGAAAAACCUUAGACAUCGUAAAGUACCUUCAACUGAUUUAAGUAAUGAAGAUGCAGCUUCUGUUGCACAAGUUGAAAUAUUUACAAAAAUGAAAUCUGAAGAUAAUUGUUUGGAAAAAAUUGAUUUAUUAUCGGGUCCAUCAAAAGAAAAUAAUGACAUUACAACUUAUGAAACAUAUGAAAAUAUGGAUAUUACCUCAAUGGCUCAGGCAGAACUUCAACAUGUUGCAGCCCAAGCUCGUGAUCUCGGACGUAAAAUGUGGAACGUUUGUCAUUUUCAUAAUUUACCACAGUGGUUACAGGAUAAUGAUUUUUUACACACUGGUCAUAGACCUCCUUUAAAUUCAUUUCAAGCUUGUUUCCAGUCUAUUUUCCGUAUUCACACUGAAACUGGAAAUAUUUGGACACAUUUAUUAGGAUGCAUUGCCUUUUUUGUUAUGACCUUAUAUUUUGCAACCAGACCUGAAGAAGAAUUAUCUUUUCAAGAUAAAUUUGUUUUUAUUACUUAUUUUAUUGGUGCUAUUACCUGUAUGGGAUUAUCGUUUGUGUUUCAUACAGUUCAUUGUCAUUCAGAGACUGUUGGGAAACUUUUUAGCAAGUUGGAUUACUGUGGAAUUGCCAUAUUAAUUAUGGGGUCAUUUGUGCCAUGGCUUUAUUAUGGAUUUUAUUGUGAACCCUAUUCAUGGAUAUUGUAUUUGGUACUAGUCAUUGCUUUAGGAUUGGUUUCGAUGAUAGUGGCAUUGUGGGAUAAAUUUAGUGAUCCCAGCUUAAGGCCAUUAAGAGCAGGAGUAUUUAUGACUUUUGGAUUAAUAGGUGUAAUACCAGCUAUGCAUUAUGGAGCAGUAGAAGGAUUCUUUUCAAACUUUACAUUAAUAAGCCUUGGGUGGUUAUUACUUAUGGGAUUUUUAUACAUUGCCGGAGCUUUAUUAUAUGCUUUGCGAGUUCCAGAACGAUUUUUCCCUGGAAAAUGUGAUUUAUUGUUCCAGAGUCAUCAAAUUUUUCAUGUAUUGGUUAUUUUAGCAGCUUUUGUACAUUACCAUGGUAUUACUAAAAUGGCUGAAUAUAGAUUAAGUAAUGGUGAAUGUGAAGUCAGACCUGCAGUUGUAUAGUUAGUUAAAAGUAGAUAUAUAAAAAUAAUUGAGAUAUCUUACUACUGCCACCCAAAAAAAACCUAUAAUAAUUAAAUAUUAACCAUGGUAUUCCUGUCUAUAUCAAUUCCUUUUGGAUAUUUAAAUCAGUUAAAAAAUAAAUGUGAAUUUAAAACUAUUUUUUAGAUAAGUUUUUAGUUUAUUUUAUGUCUGCCUUAUUUCAGUUUCCAGAGUUCUAAAAUAAUUUUCAAUAUAACAAAAAAGUAGUAUUUUUCUAUAGCUACUUAUAAAUUUAACUGGUGUUGUUGAUUUAUUUGAUAAAUAUUCUAAUAUACAUGAGUAUAAUUCUAUCAUUUAAAAAUA